GCGAAGCAUCAGCUGUGGUGUGCCGGAGAGUGAGAAACUUCCCUCACUCCUCCUCCUCCACUUCUUUCUCUCUCUCUCCCCCAAAUUCCCUCAGACACCUUUUUCAUUCAACUUCUCUCUGGAGCGACGAAGCCACCACCAGUGCUCCUGUUAUCAAGCUGGUACUGGCAGGGUCCUCUUCUUUUUCUUUUGGUAUCCUAUCCGAGGUCUUAAUUUGGAUUGUUCCUGCCCGGUUCGUUCAGGACUUCUUUGGGUGCAACUGGAGUGACUCGAGCAAGUUUCUCACCCCUCCGUUUCUGCCUGAGGAAUGAGAGGAGUGCCGGAGAGGAAGAGCCGAAACUCGCUUGUUUGAAUGAACAAAAGACCAGAAAGCGAGGGUAUUACCACCGACAUGGAGGAGAAUAUCCUGCUUGGAGCAACAUCUCCCCACUCAGACCUGAAAACAAAACCUACCACGAGGCCCGAUCCAGAGGGGGAGAGCAGCCCCCCGAAAACAGAAGAUAUCACUCAGAGGAUGGAUUCUCCAGCUAAGAAAGACACAGACCGGAGAUUAACGACUCCUACGAAAACUGACAUCAUCUCUCGGUCACCGGGGUCGCCUGCAUCGCCUUUACCCAGGACGAAAAGGAAGGAAGACCUCAUCAAAUCAGAGGACAGGCAGAAGCUAGCCAAAGAGCGGAGGGAAGAAAAGGCCAAAUAUCUUGAAGAGCUCAGCAAUUUACAAGCUGCUAAAAAGACACAGUGGCUGGAGAAGGAGGAGAAGGCACGGCAGCUGAGGGAGCAGCAGCUGGAGGAGCGCCGCAGGAAGCUGGAGGAGCAGAGGAUCAAGGCGGAAAAGCGGAGAGCAGCCCUCGAGGAGCGACAGAAACAGAAACUGGAGAAGAAUAAAGAACGCUAUGAGGCAGCCAUCCACAGGUCAACCAAGAAGUCAUGGGCAGAAAUCCGCCAGCAAAGAUGGUCCUGGGCUGGCGCACUGAGCCAGAACUCCAACCAGAAAGAAGCUCGUGGCCUUGCACUCAGUCCAUGGGAGAGCAGUAUAGUCGACCGUCUCAUGACACCGACGCUGUCUUUCCUCGCCAGAAGCAGAAGUGCUGCUAGUGUCCUCAGCAAUGGCAAAGAUGGUACCAGCCCCCUCACCCUGUGCGCCCACCAGCCUCACCACCGCUGCUCCGACCGCUGGAGAGUGACGUCCAGCACGCCAGACAUCACGCAGCGCCAACACAGACGCAGCUCCACACCUAUGGACAAAAACAAGAAAGAAAAGAAGGAUAAGGAACGAGAGAAUGAGAAGGAGAAAAGUGCUCUGAGUAAAGAGAAGGUGCUGAAGAAGCGACAGUCUCUACCCAGCAUGAGACACAGACCUGAUCCGAGUCCCAGUCCUUUGUCGAAACAGCGGCCUUCAUCUCCAGCUACGCCUAAGGGCAGAACCGCCUCACCAAGCCCUGCCGCCUCCCCCAAGCCUCCAUCCGCACGUGGAAGCCCGUCGACGCCUAAAAGUCGUCCCAGAAGGGCCAGGACCCCAGCAAGGGUAGACCACCGUACAUCCUCCCCUGCUCCGCUCGAAAGAGUGAAGGAGCCACGCAGGCCUGCAACGCCUGAGGAGAGAAAGGGUUCUCCUCUGGUUCCCGCCCUUGUUGUAUCCUCAGCUGCUGCAUCAGGCACACCCGUGACAACCACUGCAGCGUCACCCUCACCUGAGCCAAGGCGUUCACCAACUCCUUCUGUCCCUGCAGCAUCACCUGCACCCUCCCCAUCAGCCAAGCCCAUGGCGGGCACAAAUGACGCGGAGGAGGCGGGUCGCAUCCUGGCAGAGAAACGCAGACAGGCCAGAGAGCAGAGGGAGAGGGAGGAGCAGGAGAGACGUGAACAGGAGGAGAAGGAGAGGGUCCUGAGGGAGGAGCGGAUAGCGAUAGAGGCAGAGGAGAGGCGACUCCGGGAGGAGGAGGCCCGCGCCAUGGCCGAGGAGCAGCGCAAGAGGGACGAAGCCCAGCGUCUGCUGGACGAGAAGGAGGCCGAGGAGAGAGCCAAAGCAGAGCAGGAGGAGAAUAUACGCCUGCAAAAACAGAAAGAAGAGGCUGAGGCAAAAGCCCGUGAGGAGGCGGAGAAGCAGCGCCUGGAGAGGGAGAAACACUUCCAGAAGGAGGAGCAGGAGAGGCUGGAGAGGAAAAGGCGCCUGGAUGAAAUCAUGAAGCGGACACGCAAGACAGAUGGAGGCGACAAGAAAGAGAUGAAGUCCUCUCCUCCCACGAAUGGCAGCGAAGCAGAGAGCAGCAAAGUGUCUGCUGAAUAUCAGCCAAAGCCAGAGGUCACCCUGCCCAAUCACACGACAGAAAACGGACAAACAAAUGUCAAAGAAAGCAGCCCCUCAGCACCAGUGGUCAAUGGGGUCCAGCCAACAAGACAUGAAAACGGUCUGUCCACUAAAGCAGACACUGCUCACUUUGACGACAUCCUUCAUCUCGCCAAUCACGGCAACACAACCAACGGAGCGCGGGACAACUCUGAGAGCAGCCUGGACGCUGAGCCCAUCCUGUCGUUCGAGAGCGAGGACUCGUUCAUGAAAAAAGCCGGUCCCAUGAAGCCUCAGCAUGUUGCAGAGGUCCUGUGACAUGUUCGUGUUGAAGUGCUCGUCGCCUUAGGCCGCCGACCUUCCCCCAGCUCUGCCAACACUCGCACGGGGGAACCGUGUGACCUGUGCCAAUCAACGACCUUUUUUUUUUUUUUUUUCAAAGCCCCUGAACGCAAAUCAUGCUUCAUUAUGAAGAUGAGGUUCUGCAGAUCGUGAAGGAAGAGGACUUAAUACAAUAAAAAAAAAAGAUGUCGUGUCAUUACGGUGGCACUGAUCUCCCGGCACCUCAGAGAUCGAUGGUAUCAUACUUUGUACAUUACAGUACGGCUGUGUCAUUUUGAUUACAGCAAGCGGCAGUGUUUGUUUUAUUUUGUUCUUUAGUUAUUUAACUGAAAGAGAAACAUAAAAAAGACUGGGUACUUUGUGAAUAAUGUAAAUUAACUGUGUGACGGACAGAGGGGAGGAGCUGGAUCUGUGGAUCAAAGUUGUAUGAAAGGGACUCAUUUUAUGCUGCUCUCCUCGGAGUAGAAAACCAGGUAUUGAACACCCUGGUUUGUAUAAAGCUACCUGUAACAGUUUUUGUAAAAGUCAACAGAAAUCUGGAAAGAGAUUUGAAAUGCAAGUUCACAUGCAGCAGCUUCAUAUGGUGUGUACUUGUGUGUGCUUGUCAAACUCAGCUUUGAUUGAUUGUAAGCAGAACUGGAUGUACAAAAUGAGAAUGCCACCUUGAGAAAAAGAGAAACUGUCAAACCCUUCAAACAGGGAUUUACUCCACUAUUUAACAGUUCAACUGUUUUUAUUCCACUUGUUCAAGCAUGACACAGUUUUCUCUCAUGUGCAUUGAGAUUCCAUGGACUCAUAUGUGGUUGAAAUGCUGGCGUAUGUAUAUGCUAUAAUUAUUUUGAUGUGCGUUACAAGGUCAAUGGGAGUAUCUUCAGUCUUAUUAAAGACAAGCUGUCCAGUC